AUGGCAGGUUCAUCGAAGAACUCGGAACCAUGCUCCAACAAGGCAUCAAACUUGUGUAGCAGCGGCUCUGGCGAGUGCAACAAGCAGUGCUCAACCAUCUGCGACAGCCCCGCCUCCGAGUCCUUCCACAAGUGUUCCGUCUGCAACCGCUCUGUCUACGACGACUCUGUCUACAACCUCUCUGUCUACGACUGCUUCGUCUACAACCUCUCUGUCUACGACUGCUUCGUCUAUGGCCGCUCUGCCUCAGACGACUGCUUUGUUUACGACUGCUACUGGAGACACCUGCAGAUGCGAUCGUCUCUCACCUCGAGCGAGACUGACAAGCAUCAGCAGCUGCUCAGCGAAAGCUUGCAGCUGCUGAGGCGCAGGGCGGAUACCCUCCCAUCAUCAUGCAGAAUCUCAGUUGAUCCCCAUGGUCCACUCCUGCUCUCGUCGCAUUCCCACGUUAUCCAGCUCCUGAUGCACCACUCUAUCACUCGUCUCACCCCCGCCGAUUUGCCUUCAGGUGCGGCUGCAAGUCAGGCUCUUGAAGUGAGCAAGAAUGAUCUCUGUGUUGAGGUUUUCGAUCCCGUGCAUGCUCGCUGGGUCAUCACUACCGUCACCGACAACCUCUCGUCUGAACUUGGUGGUCAAAAACCUGAGCUUCUCAUACGUGCCUGGGCACCUGGUCACGAACUCGCCGAUUCUGCCUGUCCCAGCUUGGAUGACCAUCUUGAUCGCCUCUAUGGUAUCCAGCACACAGCUCCGGAAAGUGACCUCACUGGUCUAGAUGUUACGACCAGCGAGCUGUUGCCGACCUCGCCAGCAGCAUUGGAACCAGCAAACGAUCCAGCAACAGCAGAACCAGCAAACGAUCCAGCUCCUGCCAUACAGGGCCAGCCCAACCCUUCCUUUCCGUCUGGCUUCUUCUUCUGCGACCUCUACCUUGGCGCCGAGCGUAUCCAGCAGUUGAACGACACUGGAAUGAAGACUGCAGAUGCCUUCAUGAAGGUCUUCCCGACAGUCGGCCAUUAUGCCGAGUCAACCUGGGGUGAUGUGAAACGACGAUUCAGGCAAGGGACUGCCGAAGAAUGUACCGAAUGGAUCAGCAAGGGUCGCACCCCUGGUGCAGCCUUUACACACUUUCGCCACCUCGUCAAGACACGACAACACUCUCGUGCCCUGCCAUUUGACCGAAAGCCUCCCCGACGAGGAAGAACAGCUCCACCUGUGGCUCCGAGUGCUCCAAUGGUCGUACUCGAGCAUGAGGAGCUACGAGCUGGUGGCCACUCAGCCCAACCAGCUGAGAUCGUCCUGCAAGCUGGUCAAGCAACUGGCAGUUCAAGCUCAAAUGCCUCUACCGAUGCAGAGCUCAUUCCUGAGCAAGCUGUCGACGAACCUGUGAUUGACUGGGAACCACCCCUCCCACAGCUUUUGUUCAAUUUAGAGCUCUUUCAAGAGCAAGCUGUCGACGAACCUACGAACGAGUGGGGACUACCUCUCUCACAGAUUCCAUCCGAUCUCGGUAUCACACCCUCUGCAACCAUGUUCAACCUAGGUGCGACAGAGCCCAGCCCACUGUCAGCAGACAGUGAGCUAGGCGACAAGGGUCCACUUCCAAGUGCCGAAGAGAUUGAUGAAUUUUUCGCAACCUUUACAAAUCCAUAA